AUGUCGGAAACAGUCAAUGGUAUAAGAAGAAGGAAGAGUGGAGAAGGAAGCCCUACAGCCGGUAUUGCCGAAAGGCAUGAGAAUAAGCCCCUGUCAAACAUCGAUAAAAGAGAUCAGACUUUCAAACCACAACUAGAAUCAUGCUGCCCAUUGGCGACUCCUUUUGAAAGAAGGCUGCAAACUCUGGCUGUAGCAUGGCACACCUCUUCAUUUGUACUCUUCUCCAUAUUUGCGUUAUUUGCAAUGUCGACACCAGCACUAUGGGUUGUUGUUAUUCCGUAUAUGAUCUACUUUUUUUUCGAUAGGUCUCCUGCGACUGGUGACGUAGUAAAUCGGUAUUCUCUUCGAUUUCGCUCGUUGCCUAUUUGGAGGUGGUAUUGUGAUUAUUUCCCUAUAAGCUUGAUUAAGACCGACGACUUACAACCAACUUUUACGCUUUCAAAAAAUAAGACAAUUAACGAGAAAAUUUACAAGGUUAGAUUGUGGCCAACUAAAUACUCUAUCAAUCUUAAAAGCAAUUCUACUGUUGAUUACCGCGACCAGGAAUGUACAGGGCCAACAUACUUAUUCGGUUAUCAUCCGCACGGUAUAGGGGCACUUGGCGCAUUUGGAGCCUUUGGAACAGAAGGUUGUAACUAUUCGAGAAUUUUCCCUGGAAUACCUAUUUCCCUGAUGACAUUAGUCACUCAAUUUCAUAUCCCGCUAUAUAGAGACUACUUACUGGCGUUAGGUAUCUCUUCAGUGUCGAGGAAAAACGCUUUAAGAACCCUAAGCAAAAAUCAAUCGAUCUGCAUUGUUGUUGGCGGCGCUAGAGAAUCUUUAUUAAGUUCAACAAAUGGUACACAACUGAUUUUAAACAAAAGAAAGGGUUUUAUUAAACUAGCCAUUCAAACGGGGAAUAUUAAUCUAGUGCCCGUGUUUGCAUUCGGAGAAGUUGACUGUUAUAACGUUCUAAGCACAAAAAAAGAUUCUACUUUGGGUAAAAUGCAGCUAUGGUUCAAAGAAAACUUUGGUUUUACCAUUCCCAUUUUCUACGCAAGGGGUUUAUUUAAUUACGAUUUCGGUUUGUUGCCGUUUAGAGCACCUAUUAAUGUUGUUGUUGGAAGGCCUAUAUACGUUGAAAAGCGAAUAACUAAUCCACCUGAUGAUGUAGUCAAUCAUUUCCAUGAUUUAUAUAUUGCAGAGUUGAAAAGACUAUAUUAUGAAAAUAGAGAAAAAUAUGGGGUACCUGAUGCAGAAUUGAAGAUAGUUGGGUAA